AUGUACUAUGACCCGCUGGUAGCGCUAGCCAACCUGUCCCCUGUGGAAAAGCUGAGCGACGAAACCUCUAAAAAAAAGUCCAGGUGGGGAAACAGCUCAGCAAGGACCAAUGUAGAAAACAAAGUAGUGCCAAGCAAAUGGGGACCAGAAGAAACCAAGCCGUAUUUACCUCUGCCUUUUGUGGACUUACCCCCAGGGUUAACUCCAUCCCAACUUGACCAGUUCCUGCGUGAACAGAGAUACGACGAAUUGACAAAGAAGCUAAAUAAAGGAGAGUUGGAAUAUGUGGACCCAGAUAUUCGACCACCAUCUCCACCUCCUAUAUAUGAUAAAAAUGGAAGUAGAAUAAAUACAAGAGAAGCAAGAGUAAGGAAUUGCAUGAUCGAGGAGUACCACCGGUUGGUGGAAUAUCUGUUAAAACAUGUAGAUGGGUUCGUAGCCCCUCCAAAUUAUAAGCCAAUUAAAAAAGUAAGAAAAAUUGAAAUACCAAUUGACAAAUAUCCUGAAUAUAAUUUCAUGGGGUUAAUUAUUGGGCCUAGGGGUUGCAACCAUAAGAGGUUGGAGGCAGAGAGUGGUGCACAAAUAAGCAUCCGUGGUAAGGGUACUGUUAAAGAAGGGAAAAAAACAGACCACCAAACAGAAAUUGAAGCUAAUAUGCCUAAGCAUGUACACAUAUCUGCUGAUAGUGAAGAAUGUGUUGAGAAGGCCGUUAGUUUAAUUACCCCAUUAUUGGAUCCGUUCCACCCACUACAUGAUGAGUAUAAGAAAAAGGGACUAGAACAAUUGGCACUUGUGAAUGGCAUUAACAUAAAUCAGUUAGAUGUACAACGGUGUUCCAUGUGUAACUCUAGUUCGCACAUGACUUUCGAGUGCCCGGAAAAUAUGAAUCUUCAAAAUUUUAAGAAACCAGAAAUUAAAUGUAACCUCUGUGGGGACCAUGGGCACAUAACACUUGACUGCAAGUUAGCUAAGCAUAAUAAUGGGAGCACUGAUUUGGACCACUCGCCUGAAAAGGGUAGUGCCUCCGGUAACAAUGGCAUAGUGGGAAAUAUUCCCGCACCUCCCUCCGGCAUGCCACCACCACCAUAUGAUAAACCCAGAGGGGUCAUGCCUUAUGGACAAACGUCCAGGACAGAAAAAAUAAAAAUCGACUUGGAAUACCAACGAAUGAUGAACGAACUGAACCCAGAUAAGGAAAGCGGAGAUCACUCCACUGCUAAGGAUUUGAUUAAAAAUGGAAAUGAAGGUAUGUAUGGUACGGGUGCCAAUGGUACUAGUGAUUUCCCUCCCGCAUCAGGCAGCCUCAGCACAUUAGGGGAUAUGCAUAUGGAUUCGUUGAGCAACCCUAGUGGCCCUAAUUUUACAGAUCUGAGUACCAUUUUCCCAGGAAGCAGCGGAAACGGAAAAGGUACCCGAGGGGGGAGAGGCGGAAGGGGUAGUAAGAAUAAUAAAAAUUAUAAUAACGGGGUUAUGCCUCCUCCAAUAAAUAGUAAAAAUAAAAACAACCCAAAUUUUAUCCCCUUGGGGAAGAGUACCAAUGCCUUUUCAGAUGAGCUAAUGAAUGCAAAUGCGUCAUCCAGCUUUUACGACUCUCACUCGAAAAGUGGGAGAAGCAGUUCACAAAAGAAUUCUAACAAUAAGAAUUUUAAUACACCAGGAUCGAAUUAUCAAAAUGCGAAUAACAUUCCUUUAAAUGCUCCCCUCCCUAUGUUACCCAAUUUUUUUAAUUUUCCUUUUAUGAAUAAUGGUAUGGUACAAGGUGGUGCUGUGCCUUUCCCCAGUGGUCAGCAGAUGGCUCCUGGCCAGCAGCUACCCAUGGACCCACUUUUCAUGCAGAGUUUUCCGGGUUGGCCGCAAAUGCCCAUGGGCUUCUCGGAAGACAUGCUAGCGCACGCGUCUGCGCCUGACACGAACCCGCCCCCCUUGCCAUCAGAAGGUGUGAACAACGAGGACAGCGCAAAUGUUACAUGA